AGAAGGGGGCGGCUGACCUUUGGCAACAUCCAGGUUCAGAAACAUCCUACCCUGCUCUGCGCUUCAGAAGUGCUGAGAACCUCCUCCCACUCCCCCCAGCUUGUGCGGAGAGAGACGCAGCUCUGAGCAUGCUGCCCCGGGGGCUGUUGGCCGCUUUGCUGCUGCUGUUGCUGUCCACACCUGCCCAGCCAGCUCCUCUGGACCGUCCUGAACCUAAGAAGGAAGAGGUUCAGCCUUCUCCUCCCGAGACCCCGGACACAGGACUCUAUUACCAUCGCUACUUACAAGAGGUGAUCCAGGUCCUGGAGACAGAUGGACAUUUCCGAGAGAAACUGCAGGCUGCCAACGCGGAGGACAUCAAGAGUGGGAAACUGAGUCGGGAGCUUGACUUUGUCAGUCACCACAUCCGCACCAAGCUGGAUGAGCUCAAGCGGCAGGAGGUGUCUCGUCUUCGGAUGCUGCUCAAGGCCAAGAUGGACGCCGCCCAGGAGCCCGAGGUGCAGGUUGACCACCUGAGCCUUCUGAAGCAGUUUGAGCACCUGGACCCUCAGAACCAGCACACAUUUGAGGCCCGAGACCUGGAGCUGCUGAUUCAGACGGCCACUCGGGACCUGGCGCAGUAUGACGCAGCCCACCACGAGGAGUUUAAACGCUAUGAGAUGCUGAAGGAGCAUGAGCGGCGGCGCUAUCUGGACUCCCUGGGCAAGGAGCAGCGGCGGGUGGAAGAGCAGAGGCUGGAGGAGCAGAAGCAGAGGCACAGACAGCACCCGCGGCUGAAUGUGCCGGGCAGCCAGGCCCAGCUGAAGGAGGUGUGGGAGGAGACGGACGGGCUGGAUCCCACCGAGUUCAACCCUAAGACCUUCUUCAGGCUACACGACACAAACAGCGAUGGUGUCCUGGAUGAACAGGAGCUGGAGGCUCUGUUUACCAAAGAGCUGGAGAAGGUGUAUGACCCCAAGAAUGAAGACGAUGACAUGCGGGAGAUGGAGGAAGAAAGACUGAGGAUGCGCGAGCACGUGAUGAAGACAGUGGACACAAACCAGGACCGCCUGGUGACCCUAGAGGAAUUUCUCCUGGCCACGCAGAGGAAGGAGUUUGAAGAGGCUGCCCCGAAGGGCUGGGAGACACUGGAGGAGCACCCAGCUUACACCGAGGAGGAAUUGCGACGCUUUGAGGCAGAACUGGCAGCCCGAGAGGCUGAGCUGGCAGCGCAGGCCCAGCGGCUGAACCAGGAGAGCAAGGCCCUGGACCACUCCCAGGGGCUGCUGGAGGCCCAGAAGAAGGAGCUGCAGCAGGCCGUCCUUCACAUGGAGCAGAGGAAGCAGCAGCCGUCCCCAGACCCACCAGCUCCAGGCCCUGAUGGACAGCUCCUUUUCCAGCCUCACCCAGAGACGGAAGUCCAAGCAGAGCCAGUUGUGGAAAAGGAGAUUCCAGCCCCAGUCCCUGAUUCUGCUGUGCCUGAUUCCCAGCACUAGUGAUCCCAAGGCCACCCAAUAAAGACUUUCUGGGCACCACUA